AUGUCUGACCUGAAGCCCAUCACUCUUCACGGCCACUUCCGAAGUGCCAACCCAUGGAAGGUUGUCCAAAUCCUAGAGGAGUUGGAUCUUCCAUAUAACCACAUUUUCGUGGACAUGAGCACCGUCAAACAAGAGCCAUACACCAAGAUAAAUCCCAAUGGUCGUCUCCCAGCCAUUGAAGACCCCAACACUGGUAUCACUCUUUGGGAGUCGGGCGCCAUCAUCGAAUACCUGAUUGAAACCUAUGACAAGGACCACAAGAUCAGCUCCACUUCGCUCCCUGAAAAAUUCUUGGAAAAGCAGUACCUUCACUUCCAAAUGUCUGGUCAAGGUCCUUACUAUGGACAGUGGGCGUGGUUCAAGUUGUUCCACAAGGAACAGGUGCCAAGCGCACUUGAUCGCUAUGAGGAGCAAACACUGCGAGUGAUGGGAGUUCUGGAUAACAUUCUCGAAGGCAAGGAGUAUCUGGUCGGCAACAAGGCCUCAUAUGCGGACCUGUCCUUUAUCGCAUGGGAGUCGACCAUUCACAUGUUCUUUGCUGACCGCAUGGACCAAAUCAAGGCGUACAAGAAUUACUGGGCCUGGUAUGAGAGACUUACUGCUCGACCAGCUACCAAGAAGGUCUUCAAGUUGAGACAAGAGGCUACCGCCCAGAAUUCAUAG